AUGUACUCAGGACACAAUUCCCGUCUAAAAUAUAAUGAGCUGGGUGCUUGUGAGGUAUCAAACACACCACACCAUUCUUGGAAAAACUUGUACAAAAUUGAUGGUGAUCCUAUUGGACGUGGGUAUGCUGGGAAAGUUUACAGAGUUACUACUAACAACGCGGAGCUACUGGAUCCUUUAACAGCGACAAAAUCCGAAUUCACCACAGCAAUGUAUUCAAAAGGUGCAUAUAUUGAGCCCGGAGAAUACUUAGCCUGCAAGGUGAUUCGCAGAUUUCGCAGAGGAAAGGACACUAUUGCAAAAAUUACCUCUGAAGUAGAAGCUAUGGCCAUUUUGCAAAGGGAUCCUUUGAAUACGUGUUUGAACUCAUCUGAAAUGCCUUCUGCACCUUGUAAAAGAGCUCCUCCCAAAUCAGCCUCACCUAAACUAUUUGCAGUUUAUAAAGACUCAAUGGAAGUUGCCAUUGUCAUGGAGUAUGCCAAUGGUGGGUCGUUGUACAAUUUGUGUGAAUCAGCUUAUCCGUAUGACUUUACUGUUAGUUCCAGCAGUUCUGCUUGUGGUGAUUCGUUCAUCCCUGAUUCUAGUAUUUCUGAUUCACACACAACAGUCCCACAGUUGGGAAAUCCUGAAUCAUUUUAUGGAUUGCCUGAGUCGUAUGUACGUCAGCUGUUAAUUGGCAUUCUUGAAGCUUUGGUCUACAUGCAUGACGUACUUAAAAUGGUCCACCUAGAUGUCAAGGCUGAAAAUCUUUUACUACGUCAACCGUAUCCAUCUACAGAUGUAUUUUUCAUAGAUUUUGGUUUAGCCACUAUAUUGACUGAAGGUAAACAACAUCGAGAGCUUUCAGGAACUCCUGAUUAUGUAGCACCGGAAAUUAUUAACUUUGAUCCUGUGACAUUUGCUACAGAUAUGUGGUAA